AUGACAGAAGCCGUGAUUCCCUUAGAUACCACUACACAUUUAACCAAAGAUGCCGUCAUAAACAAUGAGCGAAUGCUGAAUGAGUUUAGAGAUCUGUUUGAUCCUGGUAAAUCCUACCCGACAUUAGCCAGUUUACGUUCAGAAGUAGCAAACUUUGGCCAAAAGCAUAACAUAGUCAUGAGCAUUAAAAAUUCAAACUUUCGAAGUGUCCAUCUCUGGUGCAAACAUGCAGGUGUAUACACCAAAAUAGAGAGAAAGCCGAAAAAGCCUGUCAAUAGCACUAACAAAGUAGUUAAGCCAAGAAAAAAGAGCACGCAGAGGACAGAUUGCCAGUGUUUCAUAAAAGCCAAGUCGAUCAACGAAAUCUGGGUGAUUGAGCGCAGCCAUGGAGAGCAUAACCACAUUAUACCCAGAAAUAAGACAGUUUACAGCGCCCAUAGACGACAGAGCGAGCAAACAAAAGAUCUCAUCCUACAGCUAUUGAAGAGCGGCCAAAAGGUCAACAGCAUCUUGGAGUAUCUGCACAUGAUUGGCAUCAGCAACAUCAUCAAGAAAGACAUUGAGAAUUUGCAGCAAUACUUUAGAAGAGCAGACAGAUUGACCGUCAAGAGAGAGGAAGAAUGUGAUCAACUACCAAAUCACCAGGAUACAUCCACCGUUGCUACAUUGCCCAUUGUCAUACCCGACUUGGCUCCACCCGAUACCUCAAACAACCAUCACCAAUUCACUUUUGUUGAACAGAAAAAUAUCCUUUACUAA